UUUAGAAGCAAAAAACGAGGUAAACAACAUCGGUGUUUAUGUGUAAAAUAUUUGCCGCUCCUAGUACUUCAUAUUUUAAUUUUAAUGUGGAAAGUUGUGCUGUGGAGCGUACUGGCGAUAGCCUUCUUCGGAGGCUGCAGUGCAGAAUUUUCGGAUGUUUUCGACGAAGAAUUGUUUGUAAAACCACUGCCAGAUAAAUUUGUCUACAGCUACUUUCAAUUCACGACGCGAUGGGAGCUGGGCAGGAACGAUAGCCUGCUUCACACAAAUCUGGUAUCGCGUCCAUUGGCAGAAUUGUUCUAUCAUUUUGGCGUUCAGGAGUUGCACCUUAGCUUCACGUAUGGUUUGUGGCGAUAUGAAUCAUGGGGCUAUCCGGUAACCGAUGCUGGACCAGGAGCAGAAGUGUGGGCUUGGUUUGAACCAACGUCCGACCGAGCGUCAAUUGAUCACCGUUGGAAGAUGCUGUGCGGUACACUUUCGGGACUGUUCUGCGCAUCGUUAAGCUUCAUCGAUCCCAGCAACACGUACGAACCGGUGUAUACAUUGAGGCCGCAAACACACCACUUUCCGGGACAGUCCGAACCAAUCCUUCGCUAUGCAGCUUUGCCACGUGAAAUUGUGUGCACGGAGAAUUUGACUCCUUGGGCAAAACUGUUACCAUGUCGGUCGCGCGAAGGGCUGGUGUCACUGCUCGUGCCCGAUAGCAUUUACUCGAGCAAUUACCACUCGCUAGGAGUUCACAUGCGGAAACUCUGUGCAGACGCGGAAUGCAAUGAAUUUCAGCUGGAAGUGAAGCAGACGGUUAGUGUGGUACAGGAUCUGAGGCUGUUUGGCGGUCCAAACUGGUCGCUUCGUAAGCUUUUCGGUCAGGGAAUGGAAGGUUCGUGCGCUUUAGCAACGACCAGCAACGUGUACGUUGACGUGACCGAUAACAAUGGUAUUGAGGUGUCCCAGAAGCCGGAUGAAACAAUUCUCUCGGUGCGGGGUGGCGCACGCACUGAACUUCAACGGUUCGAUGUCAAACAGUUCGAAGCCGUGAUGGCUAAGGGUCGCCGGGCAAUGUUCAACGUAGCAGUAAUGGACAAACGCGAUCCAAAUGUCAUUAUUGUAGCAGGCCCACCACCGAUUUUUGCCAAACGAUUCAUCCUGGGCGUUGGCCAGGAACGGGGCAAAAUUGUUACUCACAUCACAAACACACACUGGGGAGCGCUUGAUUUGAUCGUUUUCGAAAACAUUCCUUGGUUUGUACCGAUUUAUCUACACACACUUACAAUCCGACAUGGAAGCAAACGUAUCGAGCCUGCCUUCCUGCAUUACACACCCGGCGUUCAGCGCGAACGUCCUUACGGGCUGGAAGUAGCGUUUCGAAUUCCUGCCCGUGCCACUGUUGAGCUUUCGAUCGAUUUUGAUUACAUCUUUCUCAAGUGGCAAGAGUACCCGCCCGAUGCAAACCAUGGUCAUUACAUUCCUUCGUCGAUUAUCUCGCUGCUGUUGUCCUCCGCCCGUAACUACACGUCCAUUCCACGGGAAGCAGCUCUCUUCCGCGAUUCGUUCAAUGCCACACAGCUUGCGGGAUAUUUUCUACAGAUACGAACGGAAUCAUUGCUACUAACGCUCCCAACACCAGAUUUCAGUAUGCCGUACAAUGUGAUAUGUUUGGCCUGCACCGUGGUAGCGCUUGCCUUCGGUCCAAUACACAACAUCUCGACCAAGCGUAUCGUGGCGAAAGGCAAAGAAGCGUCCAAAACAUCGCUCGGAGAGAAAGUGAAACAAUUUUUCAAAAGCAAAUCGAAAAAAGCCAAAGAGGAUCAAACCGCUAGCACCGAGGAUUUGAAUGCACCCGAUACAGAAUAAAGCGAAAACAGUUCAAGACACUAGUCAAAAAUGAAAAAAAAUACAUUUUUUGUGGUGAAGAAAGGUUCAACCUUCCAAAAGGUAAGAUUCAAACACCCUGAUACACAGUUCAGUAUAUGUAUUUUAUUGAAAUAGUAAAGGUGACCACUAACGGCGGGUCACUAAGUCUUA